CCGCAGCAGAGACGUCACCGGCGCCCUUCAGCGCAGGUGGAAGAUGGCGUCAGCUACCCGUGUCAUCCAACGCCUGCGGAACUGGGCAUCCGGGCAAGACUUGCAGGCGAAGCUGCAGCUGCGUUACCAGGAGAUCUCCAAGCGAACUCAGCCUCCUCCCAAGCUCCCCGUGGGCCCCAGCCACAAACUCUCCAACAAUUACUACUGUACUCGGGAUGGCCGCCGGGAAGCCACGCCGCCCUCAGUUAUCAUGUCUUCACAGAAGGUGCUGGCGUCAGGGAAGCCAGCAGAGAGCCCGGGUGUGGCAGCCACUGAGAAGAAGGCGGUGACGCCAGCUCCUCCCAUAAAGAGGUGGGAGCUGUCCAAGGAUCAGCCUUACCUGUGACAUUGCCCCAGGUGCCUGGCUAAGCCCUCAGGGCCACUGGAGUUCUUCCCCUUCCUUGGACUUUGGAUUCCCUCCGGAGAGAACGUGACCUAAUUUAUUAAAAGUAUAUAUUGAGCUC